GCGGCAGCACAGCAGCACCAGCAGCGAUAGGAGGCCGACGUAUAGCCAUGCCGCCGAAGCGAGGGAAGAAAGGAAAGCGCAGGGGAGACUCUUCCUCCGACGACGAUGCAGUAGCAGCAGCGGUGACGGCAUCUCUCAAGAAGGCUGCUCUAGUCGACGACGACGCCCCAGAGGAGGGUGCAGCAGCGGCAGCGGCAGGCAAGGGCCGGCAGCAAGCCAAGGGCGGCAAGGCCAAGGGCAAGAAGAAGGGGAAAGGGGGAAGAAAUAACAACGAUUCCGACAGCGACGAAGGCGACGCGCUGGACCCCUUGGCCCACCUUCGCGGCGGAAAAGGGAGGCUGGGCGGUGGUGGCGGUGGCGACUCGGACGAGGAGGACCGCCCCAAGAAGCCACUUACCAAGAAGGAGAAGCGCAGGCUGGAGGAGGAGCAGCGUCAACGAGAGAAAGAGGCGGCCGGCGGAGACUCCCAGGAUGUCGAAGAUGGGGCCGAAGACAACGCGAAGGGCCAAGACGCGGACGACAUGGCCCCGAAAGACGGCUACGGUGAUGAGGGGGCAGGAGAAGACGCGGAGGAGGGUAAGAAGAAGAAGCCGCUGACCAAGAAAGAGCAGCGCAGGCUGGACGAGCAGGCGCGGCUGCAGAGGGAGCAGCAGGAGGAAGAACGAAUCGCCGCCGCUGACGCCGCGGCUGCUACGGCCGAAGCGGAGCGUGCUGCCGGCGAAGGUGAUGCCGUCGGUAAUGCCACGGAGCCUGCCGCGGGGCAAUCCAACAAGGGCAAGAAAGGAAAGAAGAAGGGGAAGAAAGGCCGAGGGAACGACGGUAGCGAUAGCGACGCCGCGAGAGAGGGGGGCGAGGACGCUCUUAGCCGCGGCAUGGAGUCCCUGUCCAUCGGCGGCAACCCUGCCGCUGCUCCGGCCAAGCUUUCCAAGAAGGAGCGCAAGAAAGCGGAGGCCGCUGCGUUAGCCGCUGCCGAAGCAGCGGCAGCGGAGGAUGAGGCGGACAGCAGUGAUGAUGAUGAUGAUGCAGCAGAGGAGGCAGCAGCAGCAGCAGCAGCAGCAGCAGCAGCAGCUGCGAAGAAGGAAGCGAAGUUGGAGACGGAAAGAAAGGCAGCCGCUAAUGCUGAAGCCGCUGCUGCUGCUGCCGCUGCUGCUGCUGGCGCCGCCAGCGACGACGAGGAGGACGACGGUCAGAAGAGGCGCAUGUCUAAGAAGGAGCGGAAGAAGGCCAAGCUGCAGGCGGGCAAGAAGAAGGGGAAGGCAUCGGCGGCGGAAGAGGUGGUGGUAGAGGAACCACCGCCGCCGCCGCCCGCUGCCAAGCCCGACAGUGACGAGAAGAGACGUCCGUCCCCUCCUCUUCUCCCCGCCGCCGCCGGCGUGCAGCCUUCGUCGAUGGAUGUACAAGAAGAAGCUGCUGCUGCUGCUGCUGCUGCUGCUGCUGCCCCUGUCGCUGCCGCCGCCGAGGCAACGGCGGAGGGAGAAGCUGCCGCAGCACCUGCCGUCGUCACCAAGCCGAAGAAGAAGGAGAAGAAAUCCAAGCUCAUGAAGAAGCUGGAGGAGGCCGCCCGCCUCAAGGCGGAGGCGGAAGCUGCCGCCGGCGUUACGGCAGGCGGCGGCGAUGACGCGGCCGCUGCGCGGCAAGCGGCCGAGGAUAAAGCCGAGGAGAAGAGGCGGAAGGAGGAGAAGAAGGCCCGCAAAGCUAAGAAGGAGGCCGCCAAGGAUAAGGACUCCAAGGUGCAGCGUAAUUUGUUGGGGCCCGUGUGGUCGGGGGGGGGGGAGUACGCCACAUUUUGCUUCAUGCACGUCUUGGCCUGUCUGCUUGAUUUGUCGGCUGCAUUCCUCUACCGAACCAUCCUCGUCGGCUGGCUUGGUGUGGGAGUGGUGCUCUUUGGCUCCUUCAUGGCGCUUUCGCUUUUUGCCUGA